GAAGAUGGCCGAAGUGCUCUGUUUUCAUCUCUCACGUGGUACGAACGUGUAAACGAAAAACAUAACCUGCACUAAUUGAGAAAUAAGUGUAUUCCUUUUUUAUAAACAUUUAUAAAUUUUACGCGAGGAUCGUGACGAAGGGAUGAUGCAGCUUGCAUAAUUAUUAAAAACAACCGGCGAUCAAUGAAGAUUGCAAUGUCUAUUCCACUCGUAAACAUCAGCCGGUCGUUGACGACUGUCGCGAGAUCUAAACGACGUGUUGUUGUCACCGGGAUAGGGAUUGUGUGUCCCCUAGGAGUCGGGAUGCGAAAUGCUUGGGAAGCUCUCACCGAUUCCAAGAGCGGAAUCACGAAGCUUUUCGAACCGGAUUACACCAACUUGCCAUGUAAAAUAGCUGCGUUAGUGCCAAAAGGAAAUGCUCCUCACGAACUCAACAUUGACUCUCAUUUUACUAAAACUGAAUUACGUACAAUGUGUCCUGCUACUGCAUACGCCCUGAUAGCCACAAAAGAGGCACUCUUGGAUGCGAAGUGGACACCAAACAAUGAGAAUGAUAAGCGUGACACUGGAGUCUCAGUAGGAAUCGGCAUGAUAGAUCUGGUAGACGUCUGCAUGACGUACGAAGCUUUGAAGAAAGGAUACAGCAAGAUCAGUCCGUUCUUCGUCCCAAGAAUAUUGCCCAAUAUGGCAGCUGGUCAGAUUAGUAUCAAGUACGGCUUUCGUGGGCCAAAUCAUUCUGUGUCAACUGCGUGCGCGACAGGAGCACAUGCCAUAGGAGACGCGUUUCGCUUCAUCCGCGGCGGCGAGACGAGCGUGAUGGUGUGCGGAGGCGCGGAAGCGUGCGUCAGCCCGUUGGCGAUAGCCGCCUUCUGCCGUCUACGUGCGCUGAGCACGUCGAAGAACGACGCGCCCGAGGAAGCGUCGCGACCAUUCGAUCGGGACCGGGACGGUUUCGUAAUGGGCGAGGGCGCCGCGAUCCUAGUCCUGGAGGAGCUGAAUCACGCGCUCGCCCGAGGUGUACCCAUCUACGCGGAGGUGUUGGGCUAUGGUUUGUCCGGCGACGCGUCUCACAUAACGGCGCCGAGCGAGGAUGGUAUCGGCGCGCUCCUGGCGAUGGACCGGACGGUGAAGGACGCCGGCAUUGAGAGCUCGGAGGUGACGUUCGUAAACGCUCACGCCACGUCCACGCCGUUGGGCGACACGAUCGAGUUGAAGGCGAUCGAGUCGCUAAUGGGUGAACACAGCAGAAACGUCACGGUGACGAGCACCAAGGGUGCGCACGGUCACUUGCUGGGUGCCGCUGGUAACCUGGAGGCCGCCUUCACGAUUUUAGCGAUUAAAGAAGGCGUAAUACCGCCCACCUUGAAUCUGCACAACCUGGACAUGGAGACGCGCUUGAACUUUGCACCGCAUACGAAGGCAAAGUGGACGACGACGACGACGCGUCGAACGGCUUUGAAAAACGCUUUUGGCUUUGGUGGAACGAAUGCCUGCUUAUGUUUCGCGCAAUAUGUCAAUUGAACGGGUUUGAAAAUUGUUACAAUUAUAUGUCGAUAGACAGAAUUCGCUACUUUCUCAUUUUUUCGAAUACAAUUGAUUGAAGUAUAAAAGUACAAAAGAGAAUAAGCCUA